AUGAGUACCAAUCUCGAUCUUACUCUCGGCACCUUGGAGAUCGCAACUCUACUCAGCUCCGUAUUACUGGGUAUUAUAAUUGUGCAGCUGUACAUAUAUUAUACAAGGACAUUCAAUGACACGCUCUGGUUGCGCUUACUCGUAAGUAAUUGUGGUGCUCUAGAAACAACCCAUACUGUUGUCGCCUGGGCCUGCCUCUACGACCUAACAGUCAUCGACUUCUCCAAACCCCAAGGUCUCGCAAAAAUACCCGUAACAUUAAGGAUGUCCCCUGUGUUCAACGGUGUUACAGCGAGCAUUGUUCAAAUAUACAUUGCAUACCGAAUCCAUGCACUCUCCGGCAAAUGGACACUCUCCGUUACUUCGUGGAUGGGAAGUAUUCUUCAGCUGGCGGGAAAUAUUUUUAUUGCUGUCAUUACUCCGAAGCUGUCUAUAUCGGAAGUUGAGGAGCACUCGAAGUGGUGUAUAAUCCUUACACUCACCGCCACUUUCUUUGUCGAUGUUAUCAAUACUGUGGGCAUGGUGCUGUUUUUAUGGAGGCGCAGAGAUCUUCCAUUAACGAAGUACAUCGUCGAUAAGCUGAUCUUAUGGACAGUCGGUGAGUCCGCCCGGAUUAUGUGCAUGCGGAUGUUGUCCCCGAGAUGA